CCCGCCGCUUAAACCGUGACCCUUUUUCUCCUUCCCCCCCUUUUGGGGUUAACUAUUGACUUUGACUUCAAUACCUUUCAUUUAUUGAACUGUCAAAGAUGAAUGGUAACGACGUCCGGUCCAGCCUGUCCUCGUACGGCGACGUCAGGCACUUGUCCGCCGCAUCGCUGGACGCCGUUCCUCCGCAACCUCCGGCCAAAAUACUCCUGGAUGGGUACCAAGAUGGCCUUGAUCCGCAACAUGAAGAGAAAUCGCGGUAUAAUCCGCUUAACCAGGCGCACCCCCGAAGCUCCGCGCUGCUCAACGCCAACGAUCCCGUUACGAUGUACAUGUUGACCGAAACCGCUAUGGGGGAUAGCAAGAACUACGAGGUCUUGUCUAUGGAAGAGGUGGAAGAACUGAAGAAAGAAUACACAUUCCUGUCCGGUCGAAUCGAUGGCACGAAACGGAAACUGGCGCUGGAGGUGAAACUCCGUGACGCCGCGAAGUCACUCUCGAAACUCUACAACCCUAAGAGCCCUCGUACCAGUGAAGACUUCAACAACGGUUCACCAAAAUCCAACCGGAGUCGCCGGAGUCUAUUCAGACGCAGCGGGGAUGCUGAACCGCUCGACAAAUCGGACGAGGAACUUGCGGCUAGCACGCGCAAAUGCGAAGCGCUGGCUCAAGAGUUGUGGAAGAUAGAAAGCAGGUCGCAAAACAUACAGCAGCGGUUAUUGGAGCAUACAGCUGGAGUGUUGCAGAUGACGCACAAGGGGCUGAAGAAGAAUGCGAAGGGUGCUUUGUCCCCUGAGCUCAACGGCAACGGCCACGCUCGCGACAGCAUCGAUGAUUUCGAUGAUCGGAGUUUAUACCAAACGUCCAACUACCUGGAUAGAUUCAAUGGAUACGGCAGAGAGGACCAUGGAAAUGGUGCAGGAUCAAUGUCUGUCGGUCUCGGUGCAAUCCAAGACACGGAGAGGAAGCUGGAGGAACUGAGUACGCAAAUGCGCAACACAAUCCUGCGAGCAAACCCCGACUACUACUUGGAUCCUGUUCCCCAACCUGAUCACAAUGGAGGACCGGUAAACCCAACGGCGACGGUCGAGGCGUAUGUAUCCUACCUUGCGAACGGCCUGGGGGUCCUUGGUACACAGCCCUCGGGGGGUGCUUCGCGUGCCCCGGAAACAGGAGACGACUCUGAGUUUGGGGACUACGUACGCGAGAUCAACGCUCGUAUGUACCACAUCGUCGCAGAAUCAGGGUUCUCCCGCGGCCCAACCCUCCCUCCUCCGCCCCAAUCAGGCAGUCUGCAGGAGAAUCUCUCGUAUUUGACCACCGGCGUGGACAGCUUCCAGAGCCGUCUCGAAGGUCUACUUGAACGAAAGGACAUCUUGACCACUCAGAUCCAACAGCAGCGCGAGCUCAACUCCAAGUCAGACGCGGAAAGAGACGCGUACAUUUCUGACCUGGUCGAGCAGCUGGCGCAUGCCCGCAAGGAACACGAGCUUUCCGAACGGGAGGGCCAGACCACGAGAGAUGAACUGGAUCUUGUUCACCAGCAGCUGGAGACGCUGCGCCAGGAGGCAUCACACCACCAGGCAAAUUCGACCAGCCGCGACGAUGUGGAUGAAGGCGCCUUGACAUCAGAGAAAGAAUCUCGCGAACGUGCUGAAGCUGAGGUCUCCCGCUUGGGAGUCGUCCUGGCACAACUCGAGAGUGAAGUUCAUUCGCACGCUGAAGUCCGCGAAGCGCGCGAGCGGGCUGAGAGCGAAGUGGCGCGUCUGGAAGCCGAACUCGAACAGCACCGUUCCGAGUUCCACUCCAGGGCUGAAGAACUGAACUCCUCGCGCUCGCAAACAGAUGGUGAAGUCGAACGCCUGCAAGGCGCCAUCGAAAAGCUGCACCAAGAGGCGGAUGCAAGAGCGGAAGAGGUCACUGAGACACGAGAACGAUCUGAGCAACAAGUGUCCCAGAUGGAAAAAGAAAUGCAGCAGAUCCGUAUUGAAUCUGAUGCCCGGAUCAAGGAAGCCACAGACUCACAGGCCCAAGCACAGAGCGAGGUUGUCCGCUUGGAAGCCGUCAUCGCGCAAUCGCACAACGAUGUCGACCCGCAGGUCAAGGAGGCAACUGAGGCGCGCGCCAAGGCUGAGCAGCAAGUGAUCGAGCUCGAGGCGAUCAUUCAGCAAAUCCGCAAUGAAACCGACGGCCAGGUCCGCGAGGCCACGGAUGCUCACGCCCAGGCACAGAGCGAAGUUGCACGGCUGGAAGCUACCAUCGAACAGCUCCGCAACGAGACCGACCCGCGUGUCAAGGAAGCCACCGAAGCACGCGAAGAAGCGGAGGCAAAUGCCGAGCAUCUGCAGAAGGAAUUCACAGAACUCGAAAGCGAGUAUGUGAGAGCUCAAACGGAGCUCACCAUGGCCCGGGCAGAACUCGAUAGCGCAUACGGUAGCAAAUCCCAGCGCGCAGCCGCCAACCCCGGCCUGCAAAAGGAGUUCGAACAAUUACACACCCGGAACCUCGAGCUCGCACAAGAACUCGCCGCCAUCAAGGCCAAGAAACCAGGCGACGGCAACCUGCAGCGCCGCGUGGAGACUCUGGAGAAGGAGCUCCGCGAAACGAUAGACGACUACGAAUCCAUGACCAAAGCCAGUAUCGAGUUCGAGAAAGAGCGCGAAGGGUUCGAAAGUGUUAUUGAUCGCUUGCGCGAUCGCUGCGAGCAGCUGGAGACCCAGAUUAAUGAGGAACGCAUCAGCUGGAUGGGCCUUAGUAGCCCGGGCUCCAUGGGUCGGGAUGGCACAUCCGAGACUACCUCUACGAUGGUGCUGAAGAACGAGUUCAAGAAGAUGAUGCGCGAUACUCGUACUGAGAACAUCAAGAUUCUAAAGGUGAGUUUUCUAUCCUUUCCCCUCUCGCCUCUCACGCGUUCCUGUAACACUAACCCCUCCCAGGCCGAGCAAGAAGAGCGUCGAAAACUGGAAAACUUGAUCCGUACUCUGAAGAAAGAGCAACAGCAGCUGGCCGGCAAAACAUAGCCGGAGUACUACGGCUUUAUGAUCACGAUAAUGCUUUCUAUUUUUUCUGUUCAUUUCUGGCGCCACAUUUUCAGUAUCCCAUUCUUCGUACAUAGCUUUGACAUUUCUUUCGGUGACUUGCACUUAAUUUUUUGGUUCUCAUAUGUGUAUAUUGGUUUUGAUUCGAAUGUAUAGAUAGACUAAUGUAUAUGAUUUCUGCGAAUGAUUGGGCUUUGGGGCUCUCACUGUUCGAAGAUCUGUCACUCGGCG